CUACUAUAUUCCUUGAAUGAUAAAUCAGAACUAUUCCUCAUCUUUAGUGAUUAUAAAUCCCAAAAACCUGAGAAAGAAAUUCACCAUAUAUAUAAAUAUAUACCGCACUAUUCAAAACACGGCCGCGUUUGAGUUUUUUCAUUGUGUUAUUCCAACUCUUUCUUAAAAUAAAGAUAUAGCACUAUACUACUCUUGCUAGUACAUACAUCAUACAUGCAUAUAUAUAAAGAAUUAAAGGUUCAAAAAAAGGCUGCUAAUUAAAGCUAUAAUUAUAGGUAUAUAUCUCAUAUAGUCAGCUCUUCUCCUUGCCGUUGGUUUCAAUUCCAUGCAUCUAUUAUAUAUCAUUAAAAUACCAUCAUAAAAUCAUCUCCCUUUUCUCAUAAUCUUUUAAUUGGGUCACCCUCUCAACCAGCUAUAGCUAGCUAGAUUAUACGAAUUCACUAAUAAUACCUUUCCCUUUGGCAUAUAAAAAGCACUCAAGCCAUCGAUAUGAAUAUCAACAAGACAACAACAACAACAACAACAACAACAAAAGAACCUCAUAGUGCGUGUGAAGAAAAUCAACAGCAAAGUUUUUUCAGAGAAUUAUUGAGUGAAUUGUGUUGGCUGUUUAGAAGGGAUCAACAGGAAAAAAUGGGUUACGGGUCGUCGUAUGAGUCUCUCAAUUAUACUACUAAGCAAUAUUCAUCAUCAUCAUCAUCAAAUCAUCAUGUUAGAGGGAAUAAUAAUAAUAAUAAUAAUACUAAGAGGGCUGUUCUGUGCGGCGUUACGUAUAGUCAUAAGCGUAAAUUCAUGCUCAAAGGAACUGUGAAUGAUGUGAAGGACAUGAGAUACUUGUUGAUCAAUCAGUACCAAUAUCUUCCUCAAAAUAUUCGAGUCCUCACAGAAUAUGAAAAUAAUAAAGAAUUUAAGCCAACUAAGAGUAACAUUGAAUACUGGUUAAAAUGGUUGGUUAAGGACUGCAAGGCAGGAGACUCUUUAGUGUUCUACUUCUCAGGACAUGGUUUACGACAGCCCGAUUUCAAAGGCGACGAACUCGAUGGCUUCGAUGAGACCAUUUGUCCUGUUGAUUUUGUGGAGAAUGGAAUGAUCUUCGACAAUGAUAUCAACACCAUGAUUGUAAGGCCUCUCCCCACUGGUGUCAAGCUUCAUGCCAUUGUUGAUGCUUGUCAUAGUGGAACUAUUCUUGAUCUACAAUAUGUCUAUGAUAUCAAAAAGAAGAAUUGGGAAGAUCAUACUCCUCCAUCAAAAGCAUUGAAAUGUACAAAUGGUGGAUGGGCUCUUUGCCUUAGUGCUUGUGAAGAUCAUCAAUUGGCUGCUGAUACUACUGCUUUCACUGGGAAGACAAUGAAUGGUGCCACAACAUACGUGUUAAUAGAUAUACUUAAGAGAAAUCGUGAUACUGACAUAACAUAUGGAGAUCUAUUGGAUACCUUGUCUGACAUCUUCGAACGAAGUUUAGCUGACCAAGUCAAAUGCUUUAAUUCCAGAAGAUUAGCAAGACUUUUCGGCAAUAAAAUUAAUCAGAAGCCUUUGCUAUCAUCUUCAAAAAGGUUUGACAUUUACCAAACAAAAUUUUCCCUAUAAUGGUGGAUUUCUGCUAAAGGCCAUGGAUAUGCAUAACAAUAACACUUUUUUUCGUUACUAGUUUUUGUACGAAACCUUGUCGUGGUAUACUUAAUUGGAAAGAUGCCAUUGCCAAUAAUUAAGGUAAUUUAUAGAUAAACUACAUAUAGUAUAUAUACACAGUACAAAUAGUUAUGUACUUUAUUUACUUCUAUCCUCUAUAUAUAAUUGAAAUAAGGAAAUAAUAUAUGUGUAAUAUAGUUGGGUUUCAUGUAACUCUGAUGUGUACUUAUAUAAAUGAAAUAAAAUUUGUUUUCGGUUUUUGUGGAAAGAAAA